CUAAUAGUCAACUGCUAUCACUGUGCAUUCUUGUAGUGUGGCUUCACCUGCUGCUGCUGCUUCUUGAUCAUCAACGUGGUGAUCUAUUACAAUGGAAUAUGGAAAUCCAAUUAAAGAAAAAGAAUCAAGCUUGGAAAAGAUGAAGGAAAAGGCAAACGAGCCUCCAGGGAGUGAUCACAAGAUUGCAAAUGAAGUCGACUUUGAACGGCACAGGCAACUCUUCCAUGAUGUCAGACAAGGUAAUUGGGAGAAUGCUAAGACGUAUCUUGACCAACAUCCUGAUGCAGUGAGAGCGAGAAUCGAUUUUUCGGGCAAUACUCUACUUCACGUCGCAGUGAGUGCUGGACAUUUGCACAUUGUGAAGGAGUUGGUGAAAUUGUUGACUGAAGAAGGCCUGUUGAUCCAACGGAAGGAUGGUCUCACAGUUCUUGCAGCUGCUAUAAAAAUGGGAACCAUCUCCAUCGUUAAAUGCUUGAUUAGAAAGAACAAGAGACUAGUUAGUGUUGCUCGUGAAAAUUGGGCUCUUCCAGUUAUCGAUGCUGUUUGUUACAACUAUUACGAAAUGGCUUAUUAUAUUUAUACCAAAACACCAGAAGAAGAUCUAAUACAGCCAGAUAAUGGCAAGAUAGGCUCUUCCCUCAUUUCUGAUUGUAUAAGCCAAAACCAAUUUGAUAUCCCCAUCAAGUUGCUACGGCGUUGGCCACGUCUGGCAAAUACUGCGGAUCCUUAUAACAGAUACCCCCUGCGUUCAUUAGCAUGGUCUACAACUAAAUCUGUCUUUGCUUGUAAAAUCCAGUUAGGAUUUUGGAAACGACGGGUAUAUGACUGUAUACACAUCGCCAGUCAUACAGCCAAUCAAAUUUCUAUAGAUGUUCAGAAUCGAGAAGAUAGCCAAAUGGAUGCGAAUGAAUUAACUCCAAUUAGGUCAGGAUCGGUGGGUCUAUUGACACGAUUGAGUUCAAAUCUUCUCCAACUUUUAGAUGUCAAGCAUAUACACAAAACAAAGUUGGCCCAUGUUCAAUACCUUGAACUCUUGAGUAUCAUGUACAAAGCAAUAGAAACUACUUCAGACGAGAAUCAAAUAAACAAAGCUAGAGUCCAUGACGCUAUCAAGGAAGCUGUCAGCAAUGGAAAUGUCGAGUUUAUUAAGAAGAUAUCAAGAGCGAAUCCAGAACUUGUGUGGACUUCUGAUCUAGCCAGAGACGUGUUUGUGCUUGCUAUUGAACUUCGCCAAGCGGAAGUUUUGAGCCUUAUGCAUGGUCUCCCUAACAAACAAGUAAUAGCAAUCUCUUAUUUUCCUGGCACUGAAAAUACCAUGUUACACAAGGCAGCAUCAAUACCAUCUUCAAAAAUACUCAAUCUCAUCCCAGGAGGCGCAGCUCUACAAAUGCAGAGAGAACUACAAUGGUUCAAGGAGGUUGGGUCAAUCGUAACACCUGCGGAACACUUAUAUACAAACGAGAAGCGUCUCCGACCACAACAACUGUUUACAGAAAACCACAAGGAUUUGGUAAUUGCAGGAGAAAAAUGGAUGAAGGACACAUCAGGUUCUUGUUCUGUUGUGGGUGCUCUAAUUGUUACCAUCACAUUUGCUGCGGCAUUCACAGUUCCUGGUGGUAACGAUCAAAAUAUAGGCUUUCCUAUAUUCAGGAACAAAAAACUGUUCAAGGUUUUCUUUAUAUCAGAUGCAAUCUCACUGUUUGCGUCAACAACAUCAGUUUUAAUGUUCCUAGGAAUCCUCACAUCACGUUAUGCAGAAGAAGAUUUCUUGAAAUCCUUGCCAACAAAGAUGAUAAUAGGCCUCUCCACCCUAUUUUUCUCAAUAGCAACCAUGAUGAUAGCAUUUUGUGCUGCAGUUUCCGUUAUGCUUCCAGAGACAUGGAUUGUUCUUCUCGUCUGCUUACUUGCGAGUGUUCCGAUUGCCUCAUUUGUAAGGAUACAGUUUCAUCUGUUAGUUGAUAUCUUCAUGUCUACUUAUGGACCAAGUAUUUUUAAGAGGAACAUUAAACCUUGGUUAGAUAGCAAACGCCAAUAAGAUGAAGGUUUGUAUUUUUAUACAUAUGUGUGUGUGAUGUAUUCUUGGUACUCCACAUUCUAGAGACAAUUACUGAAUUGUCAAGUUAUCAACAGAAUUUGUGUGGAUGUGUUCG